AUGUCUUCCCGAAAGAGAAAGCAGGACGAGGAAGAGGAGGAGCUCGUCUCUCUCCCCGAGGAGGAUGAUGGUGAGGAGGAAGAGGAGUAUGUCUCCACCGCGGACGAGGAAGAAGAAGACGACGCCGAAGAGGAGGAGGAUGACGAAGAAGCAGAAGGAGAGGAUGAAGAUGAGGCUGAGGCUGAAGCCGAUGAUGGAGGUGAAGGCGAGGAAGAUGCCAAGGCCGAAAAGAAUGGCGUACAUGACGACCAACCCCCUGUGAAGAAGCGCAAGACGGCGGAGGCGCCUACCGAGGAAGUCACCAAUGGCGAGACUGCCAACGGCGACGACUCCAAGAAGGAGGCUGAUGCCGACGAUGCCGACGCCGACGCCGACGCUGACGCUGACGCCGACUCCAAAGAUGAAGCACCCACCAAGGAAGCCAUCAAGGCGACUGAACCUCCCGCAACCCAUGCAGAGGCAGAGCCCGAGGCCGUUGCGGCAGGAGGUGAUGAGUAG